CCUCCUCCUCCUCCUCCUCCUCUUCCUCUUCUCCUCACCCCUCCUCCUCAUCACUCGCAUCAUGGAUCCCUCCAUCGACGAGAAAGUCGACGAGAAAGUCACAAACUCCUCCUCCUCCUCCUCCUCCUCUCCCACCGGCGACGACGAUCACCAUCCCGAAGUUCUCGCCCUAGCCCGUCAGAUCUCAAACCUCUCCGCUUCCGGGUCCGCCUUCGCCAAGGACAAGAAUCCCUUCCUCGACUCCUCCAACGACCCCCGUCUUGAUCCCUUCUCCAAGCAGUUCUCCCCCAACUACUUCGUCCGCACCCUUCUUGACAUCCACACACGCGACCCCGAAACAUUCCCCGUCCGCACCGCCGGCGUCGCCUUCCGCAAUCUCUCCGCUUUCGGUUUCGGUUCCGCUGCUGACUUUCAAAAGACCGUCGCAAAUAUCGCCCUCGAUGGCCUGAACCGCGCGCGCAUGCUCAUCACCCGCAACAAGGGUCUUCGCAUCGACAUUCUCAGAAACUUUGAGGGUGUCCUUCAACCCGGUGAAAUGCUCAUGGUCCUUGGUCGUCCCGGAUCUGGCUGCUCGACCUUCCUCAAGACAAUGUCCGGUGACACUCACGGUUACUACAUCAAGGAAGACUCCCACCUCAACUACCAGGGUGUCCCCGCCAAGCUCAUGCGCUCGCAAUUCCGCGGUGAAGUCAUCUACAACGCCGAAGUCGAUAUUCACUUCCCUCACCUGACUGUCGGCCAGACCCUCUACUUUGCUGCUCUUGCGCGCACCCCGCAUAACAGAAUUGAGGGCGUCUCCCGUGAGCGCUACGCUGAGCAUAUGCGCGACGUUGUCAUGGCUAUGCUCGGUCUUACUCACACCAUCAACACCAAGGUUGGCAACGAGUACGUCCGUGGUGUCUCCGGAGGUGAGCGCAAGCGUGUCUCUAUCGCUGAAGCCAUGCUCGGUGGUGCUCCCCUGCAAUGCUGGGACAACUCCACCCGUGGUCUCGACUCGGCUACUGCUUUGACCUUCAUCCGCAAUUUGAAGCUCUUUGCCAAGACCACAAAGACGACCUCGCUUGUCUCGCUCUACCAGGCCUCGCAGGACGCCUACGAUGAGUUCGACAAGGUCAUCGUCCUCUACGAGGGUCGUCAGAUCUACUUUGGCUCGACCAAGCUUGCCAAGCAGUUCUUCAUCGACAUGGGUUUCGAGUGCCCUGCUCGUCAGACCACUGGUGACUUCCUCACCUCGCUCACCAACCCUGGCGAGCGUAUCGCGCGUCCCGGCUUCGAGAGCCGCGUCCCUCGUACGCCUGACGAGUUCGCUCAGCGCUGGCAAGAGAGUCAGCUCCGCAUGAAUGUCGUCAAGGAGAUUGAUGAGUUUGAAGAGAAAUACCCAUUGAACGGUCCGGCUUUGCAGCAGUUUUACGAUUCGAGAAAGGCAAACCAGGCUGGCCGUAUCUCUGUCAAGUCUCCCUUCACCAUCUCUUACUCCAUGCAAAUCAGACUCUGCAUCAUGCGUGGCUUCCAGAGACUUGCGGGAGAUCCCUCGAUCGCUUUCUUCACCGUCUUCUUCAACACCGUCCUCGCCUUGGUCAUCUCGUCUGUCUUUUACAACCUUUCCGAGAACACCGGAUCGUUCUACUCUCGUGGUGCCUUGCUCUUCUUUGCCGUCCUCACCAAUGCCUUCUCCUCUGCUCUCGAGAUUCUUACUCUCUACGCUCAGCGUCAGAUCGUUGAAAAGCAAACUCGUUAUGCCUUCUACCACGCUUCGGCUGAAGCCAUCGCGAGUAUGGCCUGCGAUAUGCCAACCAAGAUUCUCAACUGUCUCAUGUCGAACCUCACUCUUUACUUCAUGACGAACCUCAGACGAACUCCGGGUGCCUUCUUCACCUUCCUUCUUUUCUCCUUCACCUGUGUCCUGACAAUGUCUAUGAUCUUCCGCUGGAUCGGCUCCGUCACUCGAACUAUCUCCCAGGCUAUGGCUCCCGCUGGUAUCUUCAUGCUCUUGCUCGUCAUCUAUACUGGUUUUGCAAUUCCCACCAGAAACAUGCACGGUUGGUUCAGAUGGAUGAACUAUCUUGAUCCUAUCGCUUACGCAUUCGAGGCUUUCAUGGUCAACGAAUUCCGUAAUCGCCAGUUUCCUUGCUCGGCCUUUGUUCCUUCCGGCGCUGGUUACGAAGAUACCCCGCUCGACAACAUGGUCUGCUCUGUCAAUGGUGCCAUCGUCGGUGAGGACUAUAUGGACGGUGACCGCUACAUCAACGUCACUUACCAGUACUACAAGUCCCAUAUCUGGAGAAACUUUGGUAUCCUUGUUGCUUUCGGUGUCUUCUUCACCUUGAUGUAUCUCCUGGCUGCCGAGUACAUUCAGUCGGCCCGCUCCAAGGGUGAGAUUCUUGUCUUCAAGCGAGGACAGGUUCCUGAUGCCAUGAAAGAACACAACACCGAGAAGUCAGACGUUGAAGCUCAGAACACUCUUGAGAAGCCACUCACCGCCAACACGAGCGCUGCCGCAGACGCUGAAAUCCAACUCAAUCUUCAGCAGCACACCGACAUCUUCUUCUGGAAGGAUGUCUGCUACGACAUCAAGAUCAAGGGUGAACCGCGAAGACUUCUCAGCAAUGUCGAUGGUUUCGUCAAGCCUGGUACCCUUACUGCUCUUAUGGGAGCAUCUGGCGCCGGUAAAACCACUCUCCUCGAUGUUCUUGCUUCCCGCGUGACCAUGGGUGUUGUCACCGGUGGCAUGUUUGUCAACGGCCAUCAGCGCGACUCUUCAUUCCAGCGCAAGACCGGUUACGUCCAGCAGCAGGAUCUUCAUCUCUCGACCUCCACUGUCCGCGAAGCUUUGAUGUUCGCUGCUGUUCUCCGACAGCCGGCCCAUGUGCCUUAUGAAGAGAAGGCCGCCUACGUCGAGGAAGUCAUUCACACUUUGGAGAUGGAAGCCUACGCUGAUGCCGUCGUCGGUAUUCUCGGUGAAGGUCUCAACGUCGAGCAGCGCAAGCGUCUUACCAUCGGCGUCGAACUCGCGGCUAAGCCUGAGCUCUUGCUUUUCCUCGAUGAGCCUACUUCGGGUCUUGAUUCUCAGACUGCGUGGUCUAUCCUGACCUUGCUCAAGAAGCUCGCGGCUAACGGACAGGCCAUCUUGUGUACCAUUCAUCAGCCUUCGGCUAUUCUCUUCCAGGAGUUUGACCGUCUCUUGUUUUUGAUGUCUGGUGGUCGCACUGCCUACUUUGGCCUCAUUGGCGAAAACUCCCGCACGCUUAUCGACUACUUUGAGCGUGGAGGUGCUCACCCGUGCCCUCCCCAGGCCAACCCUGCCGAGUGGAUGCUCGAGGUCGUGGGUGCCGCUCCUGGAUCAGUCGCUGUGCGCGAUUGGGCUGAGUGCUGGCUCGAGAGUCCCGAACGUGUGAAGAUUCGUGAGGAGAUCGACGACAUGAAGGAAGAGCUCUCAAAGCUGCCCGUCACGACCUCGAAGGCUGACCAUAGAGAGUUUGCCUCUACUACUUGGACGCAGUUCCGUGAAGUGCUUAUUCGUGUCUCGCAGCAGUACUACCGCACUCCGUCUUAUAUCUGGUCCAAGCUCAUGCUCUGCUUCUUCCCUGCGUUCUUCAUCGGUUUCUCGUUCUGGAAAGCAGGAACGUCGCUUCAAGGUCUCCAGAACCAGAUGUUCUCGAUCUUCAUGCUUUACACUGUCUUUGGAAAUAUUUGUGCCCAGCUUAUGCCUAACUUUGCUACCCAGCGCGCUCUGUACGAGGUUCGCGAGCGACCCUCAAAGACGUAUUCGUGGCAAUCAUUCAUGAUUGCAAACAUUCUUGCUGAGAUCCCUUGGCAGUUCCUCGGCGCCGUGCUCUCGUAUGUUUCCUGGUACUACCCUAUUGGUCUCCAGAACAAUGCUAUUGCUGCCGGCCAGCAGCACGAGCGCGGAGGUCUUAUGUUUUUGAUGAUUCUGCAGUUUAUGAUCUUCACUACGACGUUUGCCGACAUGGCCGUCGCGGGAAUUGAGAUUGCCGAUAACGCGGCCUCUCUUGCGCAGCUAUGCUUCUCUCUUUGCUUGAUCUUCUGUGGUGUGCUUGCGAGCCCUUCGUCGAUGCCUGGAUUCUGGAUCUUCAUGUACCGCGUGUCUCCGUUCACCUACCUCGUCGACAGCAUGCUCUCGCUUGGUGUUGCAAACACUGAAGUCAUCUGCUCCGACAUCGAACUGUUGACGAUUCCUCCCCCCAACGGCACGACCUGCGACGACUUCCUGUCGCCGUACGUGCUUACGCACGGCGGAAACAUCAUGAACCCUGAUGCGACGAGCGAUUGCAAGUUCUGCACGGUGAAGUCGACAAACACUUUCUUGGCCAGUGUAUCGGCAAGUUACUCGCACAGAUGGAGAAACUUCGGAUUGAUGUGGAUUUACAUUGUGUUUAACAUUUUUGGUGCUUUGUUUUUCUAUUGGUUGGCGAGAGUGCCAAAGUCGUGGAAGAGAAAGCAGGAGUAGUUCUGUGAUACCAUAUUUUUUAUAUUUCUGUCAUUUGUGUAUUUUUGUUUUCAUUUAGUUUAAUAGAAUUUUGUGACGUGGAAU